AUGAAGAACCCUGGGAGUUUUACAUUGCACUACACAAUAGGAGGGAAGAUCGUCGGGAACACGCUGUGCGAUUUAAGGGCAAGCAUAAAUCUAAUGCCCCUGUCAAUAUUUAAGAAGCUGGAUAUCGGCAACGAGAGACCAACCACUAUCACAUUACAAUUGGCCGAUAGAUCGAUAAAGAAUCCUGAGGGUAAGAUAGAGGAUGUACUCGUGCAAGUGGACAAUUUUAUCUUCCCGGCAGACUUUGUCCUAUUGGAUUAUGAAGCUGAUAGAGAAUUCCCUAUCAUCUUGGGUUGCCCAUGCCUUGCAACAGGGAGAGCACUAAUCGAUGUGCAAAAAGGAGAAUUGACCAUCAGGAUCGACGAUCAGGAAGUAAAAUUCAACGUAUUCAAUGCGAUGAAGUACCCAGGUGAUAUGGAAAAUUUUCAAUAUAUUGAGGGACUGCGAGAAGAACCUUGGCACAAACACCUAAAGGAGCUGGAAGAAUAA